AUGACAUUGGAUUUUAAUCGUCUUGGAUAUGUAUCACUUUUCAACCCUGUUCUUUGUCGUAUUUGGCAGUUUAUUGAUCAUGGAAUAUGGUAUGGAGCUGUUGCAGUAAUGUUUUGGGCAUCAUUUGAACGACAUAUUCUUAUAUUUCAUCCAAGAUUAGUUGCAACUCCACGUAAGCGUUUAUUUAUUCAUUAUAUUCCAUUAGCAUUGUUCUCACUUUAUACGCCAAUAUUGUUCUUUUAUCUGAUUUUUCUGUAUUCAUGUGGUCAGACUUUUGCUGUUACAGAAGUUCGUUGUGGUGUAAUAUGUCUCUAUACUGAUGCUCUCAAUUCGCUUCAAUUAUAUGAUUCAUACGUCGAUAAUGUGUUGCCAGUAUUGUUAAUCGGUAUUUGUAGUAUUACACUUUUAUUUCGAUUUAUAAGACAAAGACAACGAAUGAAACAAGCCGUGACAUGGCGUCAUUGUCGAAAAAUGACUCUUCAACUUGUAUUAGUAUCUGCAGCCUACAGUAUAUGUGAUCUUCCUUCUAUAGUUGUUUCUAUUAUCCACUUGUCUGGUUAUCCAAAUUUUGCGAGUUAUAUUUGGUCACCAUAUUUAACACGUCUAACAUUUGUUCCUUCUAUUAUUGUUCCAUUUGCUAUUUUACUUACAUUGCCUGAACUAAAACAGAAACUUUGGGCGUUGUGUAUUUGGAAACGUAAUCGGCGAGUUAUUGCUCCAAGAGCUAUAAUAAACUAA